AUGUUGGCCCCAUCUCCCUCCUUCAGCACCCUCGUCCAGGGAUUCCUCCUCCUCUCAACCCUCUUCGCGACAGCCCACGCAACAAACGUCUGGGCAACCGCCCCCAACACCGCCGUCUUCUACUGCGGUGAGGACGGCAAGGGAAAAAUGACGGGAACAAAGGCCAUGAUGUGGGCCAUGAGGGACGCAAAAACCUCAGAUUAUGCCCGCGGGCGUCCCGAAUACCAAAGUAUGAAGACCAUCAACCUGGUCCAGCAGGCCAACAAGCAGCCUAGAAUUGGGCGCGCCGAAUCAAAGCUGUUUGCCGAGGGGGCCUCUGGCAUCGUCAGGCUCUUCGAGGACAGGCUGAACGUGGACGGUCAGAAGGGCGUGUGGAAGCAGGAGGAGGAGCCUGCCUUGUUGAAGAACGCAAAGGUCACAGCGCUGCACGUUUUGAACCCUGACGACCCGUCUUUUGAGUACGUCGUCUGGGAGCGCAAGAACGGUAAGGUCGAAUACAAGGACCCAAAGUAUAAGAAUACCGGACUCCCUAUCUCGAGAUUGGAUGAUAUCGAACUUAUUUGGCAGCCACUUUCUCCCGUAGGCUCACCACAGGGUUCGCCAAAGAUCUCGCCAAAGGGAUCGCCAAAGAUCUCGCCAAAGGGAUCGCCAAAAGCAGGAAGCCCUUCAAGGAGCUCAUCAAAGAGCCCGACUAGGAGCAUUGGGCGCAAGGUUAGGAGAGCUAGACAGUUCUAA